CAGAGAAACCACGCUGAGACCGAGGCACGGGAACGUAAGCUGAGGAAUCUGAAAGGACCCCCCCAAUCUCACACAGCAGACGGUGGGACCAUGAGGACCGUAGCGGCUCUGCUGCUUCUCUGUCUGUGCGAUCCAGGACGGAGUGACUGCCAGACUGACUGCCUGUCCUGCAGCAAAAUCCUGCCUAAACAGCUCAGUUUCAACACUGUGGUGUGUUUGAUUGGAUGCAAAAGCAGCGCCUCUCCUUCCUCCUCCUGGGACAUCUGCCGUAAAGCGCUACCUUCUUCUUCCCCCGAUGGCACCAUUAGAAGAAGAUCCCAAGAGGAAGCUGAUGUCCUACUUCCUGAGGAAGAGGAGCAAGUGGAUGGGGGUCUAUUCCUGCCCAUGGCUUUGCAGAGAUUCAACCACAUGACCCGCGCACUCGACCUGAACGACAGGGGCCUGGUCGGCCAGAGCAGCCAGCUGAGCUCCCUUUACGGCUCCCAGGAUGCCCUGUCGCUCGCCGAUGAGUACGAGGAGGAGCAGGCAGGGCAGGAAGGGGAGGACGCCGGCGAGGCAGCGAGAGGGCAGGACGACCCGGAGCUUAGCGUCUCCAAGAGGUUCGGCGGCUUCGUCAAGGGGAGGCACGGCUACAGGAAGUUGGUCUCUCCGGGAAAGUCGUACCAGAAGAGGUACGGGGGCUUCAUCGGGAUCCGGAAGUCGGCCCGCAAGUGGAACAACCAGAAACGCUUCAGCGAGUUCCUGAAGCAGUACCUGGGCAUGAGCGCCCGGUCCACCGAGUUCAACAGCGUCUCGGGAGAACUCACCCGGCAGAAUGAGGUGUGAGGGAGCGGCCCUCCAGAAGGCCUCGCCAUGACAGACAUACCAGAUGUGUUUUCAGUUGUCUUCUGUUAGAGCAGAGAACAUUUCACAGUUAAUCUGUCAACAUUACAGUCACACAAUUUGAUUAAGUACAUAAAAAAAACCAACCCCAUCACAGCUUCUGGGUGUAUGAACAGUCUCUCCCCCCAAUCUUUUCUAUUUAUAGCUUCUUUCUUUUUUUUUUUAAAUCCUGUAUAAUGAAUUUGGAAAAAAAAAUGCUUCUUUUUCUAAACCGGAAUCCUUCUUACAGUGGGGAAGCUAAAUCAUGUUAGAAGUUACUUUCCACGUCUUAAAAAAGCAUAAAGAAGGAUUCGAAAAGUGGAAUUACAUUGAAACGUUUUCCGACUUUGUACAAGAAUGAACAUAAAAGAAAACCAUGCAUAGGAAUGUAUUUCAUUCCCCCCAUUUGCUCCAUUGUAUCCAUUUAACUCUUUAAGGAAGAGUUAGGAAAUCUGAAAAUCUGAGUUAGGAAAAGUGACAUGGAAAUCUGUUGGGCAUCUGUCCUCUUGAGAUUCGCAAAGAAACUAAAUCUAAAAUUCCUGCUUUUUGAAAAUAUUCUGUGGCACCUUGCAAACAUUUUUGCUUCCAUCUCGUCUGCUUCGGGCCUCGUUGCGGCUGAAAAUUUGAGCACUUUCUUUUUUUCGUAUGUCGCCAUCGAGUGGACAAAUAUGUAUAGCAGUCCAAAAUGAAAUGUAAUGUCUGUUUGUUUUUUUUUUGUAUUCUUUCCUCUGUUUUUCAUGCUCUAGUCUCUUGGUGAUAAAAAAAACAAAAAAAGUUCAGCAGCACUGUAUCUGUGUUUGACUUAUGUUGAAAAAAUUAAAAUGUAUAAAAAUCCACAUUUAGAUUUUGUCGCUCAAUAUCUCCAGAAUCGUAGAACUGAUACAGAUAAAGUCACUCAACUCGAACAGCUCCAGACAGCAUGCAGCAUUCAUUCAGACUUUAUGACAGUCAUCAGUCUUGAUUAUGCUGUGCACAGUUGAGCAUACCCUUUGACGGCCUGUUGUGUUUGAAUACUUGUGUGUCAUAUUUGUCUCUGAACUGUUACAGAUGUCAAAUGUUUUGUCUUGUAAAUAACUGAACUGAAACAUGCCAAUAAAUAUAGUUUACUA